CGAUUUCCACCGACACUCCAUUCGUUCGAGGGUCCCCGCGCGCGAUAUCUCUACGACUAUCCCUCCUUGUCGGGAGUCUGAAUCUCUUCGAGACUGUACCCUCAGCAUAUGUUCCUCCAUUCAGUGAAACGGCCGUACUCCUGUCGAGUCCGAUGACAAAUUCGCUCGGUCCGGCACCGGAGGCGGGCUCGCCUUCCUCCUCGCGAUACAGAUGAGGAGCCCCCGUCAAAUUUUUGUUCUUAGAUUUCGAGCCUUGUACUGUUCGUAUUUGAUUCUCAUGUUCCAUGCUCACUGAAUUCUUCGGAGACUGUGAUAGAGGAUCCAGGUGGCUCAUUCCACGUGUGAUUGGACCUCAGAUUAUUUUUCGUGUGCGAUGUUUGUGAUCGGAUCUCCCAGUCAGCUGUCUGCGAAACUCUGAAUGCGGAGCUAGUCGCACCGGUAUGAGAUCUUCGAAAUGUCAAUCGCUGAGGAUGCUCUCCUGCGAGCAGUGGAUGAUGGCUCUGGCCGUCUCCCUCUUCCUCUUGGCUCUACGGUGUCCCACCGGCCGCUUCGUCGUAUUUUCGAGUCCCGAAGAGGAUCUGGUCUCAUGCGCAUCGUUGGUUGGUCGGUGCCCCUUGUCAUCUGCGCUUCCCGGGUCCAUGCUAAUCAAACGGGUGCUCGACGAGAGCGUGCUAACCCAGCUCGAGCGCGAGCUACACGGGCAUUACAAUCAGAGCGGGUUCCCGUUGAUUCGUGCUUCCGGAUGCGAGUCCGCUUUCCGGACGGCGAUCAUCGUCCCCUUCCGGAACAGAUCGGAACACCUCGAUGUGUUUUUGCGCCACAUGCAUUCAUUCCUGCCGCAGCAGAACAUCGACUAUUCGAUAUAUGUCGUGGAGCAGAGCGAACGACAUAAAUUCAAUCGAGGGAAAUUGAUGAAUAUCGGCUUCAAGGAAGCCCUGAGAGACAUGGAUUACUGCUGUUUCAUAUUCCACGACGUAGACCUCCUCCCGGAAAACCCGCGAAACUUGUACGCGUGUAGCAAACAUCCUCGACAUAUGUGCGUCGCAAUCGAUACAUUCCGCUACGUCGUGCCGUAUGCCGAUAUUUUCGGUGGAGUCGUCGCCAUGCAGAAGGACCACUUCGUGAAAGUCAAUGGCUUCUCGAAUCGAUUCUUCGGAUGGGGUGCCGAGGAUGACGACUUGGCCUUGCGGAUUCAGUCCGCAAAACUCCAUAUCACUCGAUGGUCAACGGAUAUUUCGAGGUACACGGCUCUGGUUCAUGAGAAAGCAAAUCCUAAUCCUAAACGAUUCGAUUUGUUGGCUGACAGUUCCUCGAGAUGGCAGAGCGACGGCCUCAUCGAUCUCAAAUACAAGCUCCUAUCUCAUCAAAGAACGCCUUUGUACACAAAAAUUACGGUUGAUGUCUCUCCUGAUGACUGA